UCUCUCUUUCUUACCAAUAUCACUGAAUGUUGGUGUGCUUUGUGUGUGUGUGUGUGGAAGUUGUUAACAGUUACAUCAGUCAGGUGAUGAGCGUGUGAUAUAUCGUAUGUUUUUAGUUGUUUUUUUUCUUCUUAUACAUUUUUAAUCAGUUUUGUGGUGAAGUUGUUGCUGAAUUCGAGUGGAAUACGGACGACGUAUGGAAAGCUGAGUGAUGACAGGUUUGCCAUGUUUCUAAAUUCAUUGCUUAAAUUGCUUCAGAGACAGACUUAUACCUGUCUGUCUCACCGAUAUGGACUGUAUCUUUGCUUUGGAGGCAUUGUCCUCAUGAUCGUGUCUGGAUUCCAGUUCGGAGAGGUUGUUGUAGAGUGGAGUCGGGACCAGUAUCAUGUGUUGUUUGAUUCAUAUCGAGACAAUGUGGCAGGCAAAUCAUUCCAAAACAGACUGUGUCUGCCUAUGCCAAUUGAUGUGGUUUACACCUGGGUAAAUGGUACAGAUGUAGAUUUAAUCGGAGAACUUCGUGCAGUGAGGGAGCAGAUGGAGGAGGAGCAAAGGGCGAUAAGAGAAAGUCUUGGGAGCAAUUCUACUGAGAAGCCAAAGACAAGUGAGAAGCCGGAAUGCUUUUUAUCACACUGUAUCAAGGUCCCAAUGCUCGUCCUAGACCCAGCACUGCCUGCCAACAUCACGAUAAAGGAGCUGCCGUCAUAUUCUCAAUCCUUCCAGUCUGCCAAGCAGAUACUCCAUGUUGCCAAGCCCAAGAAUCCCUCUACGAAUGUCACUGUGCUCAUUUUCAACACUCAGAAUGAAGCUGAUGAAGCCCAUUCAGCAAAUGAAAACAGCAAGCACUCUGUUUCAAGAGGAUACCUGACAACUGAUAAAGAAGCGCCUGGUUUGGUGCUCAUGCAGAAUCUGGCAUUCCUAAGUGGAUUCCCAGCAUCAUUUAAGGAGACUGAACAGCUCAGAGUGAAGCUUCCACAGACCGUCACUAGUAAGAUAAAACAGUUGCAGCUGUAUUCUGAAGCCAGUAUAGCCCUUCUGAUGCUAAACAGUCCCAAGGACUUCUCUGAACUGACCCAACAAGCAAAGAAGAAUCUGACAAUGGAAGGGAAAGAGCUCAGUGUCAGUCUUACUUAUUUAUUAUGGGACUUAAGUGCUAUCAGCCAGUCCAAGCAGGAUGAGGAUAUUUCUGCCAGUAGAUUCGAAGACAAUGAGGAGCUGCGAUACUCCCUGAGAUCUGUAGAGAGACACGCCCCUUGGGUCCGACACAUCUUCAUUGUGACCAAUGGGCAGAUCCCUUCCUGGCUGAACCUGGACAACCCCAGGGUUACUGUGGUGGCCCACAAGGAUAUUUUCCACAAUGAAAGUCAUUUACCUACCUUCAGCUCCCCAGCAAUUGAAAGUCACAUACAUCGAAUCCCUGGGCUUUCUCAGAAGUUUAUUUACCUAAAUGAUGAUGUCAUGUUUGGUAAAGAGGUAUGGCCAGAUGACUUCUACAGUCACUCCAAGGGACAGAAGGUGUACCUCACAUGGCCCGUCCCAAACUGUGCUGAGGGGUGCCCUGGGUCCUGGAUCAAAGAUGGCUAUUGUGACAAGGCCUGCAAUCAUUCUGCCUGUGACUGGGAUGGGGGAGAUUGUUCAGGGGCUGCAGGUUCCCGUGGUGGAGGAGGAGGGGCUGUGGGAGAAAACCUCCCGGCCUGGCACUUUGGUGCUGGUGUUGGAGGGGUUGGGGGACUCACCUAUUGUAACCAGGGCUGUGCCAAUUCUUGGCUGGCGGAUAAGUUUUGUGACCAGGCCUGCAAUGUACUGUCCUGUGGUUUUGAUGUAGGAGACUGUGGGCAAGAUCACUUCAAUAAGUUGCUCAAGAUAACCUUAGUGCGGAACCAGACCCACUACUUCAUUCCUCAAGGGGAAACCAAGCCCUACUUCAGCUUUGGUGGCAUCGCCAAGAGAAUCUCGGCGGCCUACGCGAGUGACAACCCCACUGUGCGCCACACCUCAGUUGCCAAUAAGUGGAAAACUGUUCAUCUUCUCCUGCAUGGCGGCAUGAAUGCUACAGUAAUCCAGUAUAACUUCACCUUCCAGGAUGAACAGGACCAGGAGUUUAAAAUGGUGAUCACUGUGGAUGUGGAUACAAGAGAGAUUAUCAAACCCAAUGUAACUGAGAGUCCGAAAGAAGACGGGAAAGAUGCCAAAAUAACAACUUCCCCUCUUGAGACAGAUGGCCACUUUGAAGACGUUCCUGUAGAAAGACGCUUCCCCAGAUUUCAUAUAAGGCUUUCCAGCGUGCCGGAGAUGGCCAUUAAUGUGCCCAUGGUGAAUGUUUCUCUGUUGCCAGCCAGUGUUCAAGCUGAACUGCAACAACUGGAUAAAAAGCUGGCAAUAGGGGACAUCACACUCAAAGGGUACAACCACACAAAAGCUGCACUGCUGGAACCAUUUGAAUCAAUAGCUGAGGAACAAGGUGAUGGAAAGAGUCUUGAGUCUCUUAACAUGGUCAAUAAAGUUGAAAUGGAGCAGCAAGGGGCAGGGGGGUCACACAGACCUUACAAGGAUCUCAUAGGAGAGAAUUCCGAAAAAGGGAAAAUCCUACUAAAUCCAGCUGCCCCCAGUCCAAAGCACACAGAGGUCCAAAAGACAACUCCUGCCAAGAUCAUUCCUUCCAUCCAAAUAAAAAUCGAUGGGAAGAUGCAGAAAAACCCUGCUAAUAAAGCCCAAGGAAGAGACUUUGUGCCCAAGGAGCAGAACAUUCUAAGUGCUCUAAUAAAUAAUUCGAAGUUAAAGGAAGCUGAAGGAGUAAACUUCAAGAACGAAGCGAAGGUUGUUGAAAAGGUGCAGGAUAGCCGAGUGGCACUGGGCCGAAGACUCCAGCAGUACACGGUUUCUGUCCAGGGCUUCUUGCCUUGGGAGAGGAGGAAAUAUUUUCAAGAUCUUUUAGAUGAAGAAGAGAAAUUGAAGAAGGAGAUGAUGUACCACACGAACAGUAAGCUAGCUGGGAGGAGACUUAGAGACACAUUUGCAGAUUCGCUGCGCUAUGUUAAUAAACUCCUGAACGGCCAGUUUGGGUUCACUUCACGUAAAGUCCCUGCUCACAUGCCUCAUAUGAUCGACCGCAUUGUCAUGCAACAACUUCAGGACCUGUUUCCUAAAGAAUUUGACAAGACUUCGGCCCACAAAGUACGUCACCCAGAAGACAUGCAGUUUGCCUUUUCCUAUUUCUACUACCUGAUGAGUGCGGUGCAGCAGCUUAACAUCUCGCAGGUGUUUGAUGAAGUCGACACUGAUGGGUCUGGAGUCCUGUCAGACAGGGAGAUCCGUACAUUAGCAACAAGGAUCCAUGAACUCCCUCUCAGCCUGCAGGACUUGACUGGACUGGAGCAGAUGCUGAUAAACUGUUCGAAAACACUCCCCAUCAACAUCACUCACAUCAACACAAUCAAUCCUACGCAGGAGGCAUACUAUGAUCCAAGCAUGCCUCCAGUGACGAAAGAUUUGGUGGUAAACUGCAAGCCAAUUGCUGUUCGCAUACACAAGGCUUACAAGGAUCAGAACAAAUACAAGUUUGAAAUCAUGGGUGAAGAUGAAAUCGCCUUUAAGAUGGUUAGAACAAAUGUGUCUCAUGUUGUCGGGCAGUUGGAUGAUAUACGUAAAAACCCCAGGAAAUUCAUUUGUCUGAAUGACAACAUUGACCACAGUCACAAGGAUGCCCCGACAGUGAAGGCUGUGCUGCGUGAUUUCUACGAGUCAAUGUUCCCCAUCCCGUCCCAAUUUGAGCUGCCAAGAGAGUAUCGAAACCGCUUCCUCCACAUGCAGGAGCUUCAGGAAUGGAGAGUGUAUCGAGAUAAGUUGAAGUUCUGGACUCACUGUGUCCUUGUGACCUUGGUUGCCUUCACAAUUUUCUCCUUUUUUGCUGAACAGCUUUUUGUACUAAAACGCAAGCUCUUCCCAAGACGAAGACACAGUAAGGAAAUCAACCCUGAACGGGUUUAGAAGGAGUUUGUUUCAUCUACCUCUGUUUCCAGAAGUCCAUCCUGAGGAAAUGGCUUGCCAGACCAGACAGCAGAUUUAGAAAUGUGCAACUUCCAAAAAAAAAAAAAAUUGGAUAACCAGCACUGCAUGAUGUUCCUUUGAUUGGCAGUGAUCAACUGUUUGGAGUACUCAGCUUUGGAUUGCUGACAUUUUAUCCUGCAAUAAAAGUGGGUGAUUGGACAAAGGGCAGCGGCCUUGAAUGUAGAGCCCUGCCAACAGGGUGUUUAUACUGGAAACCUGAGCUACCAAGGGACGUCGAGCAGGAUUUGUCGUGGCCAAGCUAUUCCCAGUCAUUUCUCUAAAGCUUGCAGUCGCAAAGCCAACAAUGCUUUAGAGUUGCUGCUUUGAAAUCGGGUUCUGGGACAGAUGCAGUAUUAAAAAAAUGAUCUUGUAAAUUGGACUGGGAGCGAAGGUUUGCAGAAUAGAUUAAAGUAAAUAGUCACGUUCAUAAUUAGAAGCUGUUAACAACUGUGUAGUGCACUCCAUAGUUUGAAUCUCUAGGGUGGGGGGUAAGGGGAUUGUUUUUGCAUUUGCGUAACUAACUUCUUGUUACACAAGUGCCUAUUCUUUGAUGUUUGAAUCCAGUGAAAAUAGCUCCAGAGAACCACAUGGGCAUGGAUUCAUUUUCUAGUGUUUUUUUUUUUUUCAUGUUGUAAAACAUUGGUGGAACUCAUACAGUACAUGUUGUAUUAACUGGUAUUUUAGAAGUUAAGGACCAAUGCCGUUGGCAGUUUAGUGGUGAAUAAAUCUUUUUUUUUUCUUUUUUUAAGGAAAGCAUACAAUAACUGAUUUGUAAAAUAUUACUUGGACUGAAUCCGUUUUUAAGACUCUUCUGGUUAAACGGUUUCUUGAAAGACACAGCACAUCUUUAAAGCAGACUGGGUUAAAUGUACUGUAUACCAUAUCCUACCAUCUGGUUUUUUGUUUUAAUUUUAGGUUCCUGGAGAAUCACUGUUUUGCUUUGCUUUACUUUGCAUGAAUUGUUUCUUUAAGAAAUGCCGUCUAUUUAAUCUCAUUCUGCCUGUUAUUCAUAAAGCCAGUUAUGUGUAUGUUCAGUAGCACACAAAACAAUAAGCCCGGCAGUCAGAAAUGCUAAUGUUAAAUGUUCUUUUUAUUGCCAUGGGUCCAAAAUGAGCCCUUACCCAUUAUACUUAAUUUGUACUCUAUGUGGAUGAAUGGUUGCGUUUAGGAUGUUCAAAUGGUUUGUUGGAAAUCUGAUUCUGUUUUAAGGGUAGAUAGCAGCUUUUAAAUUGUUGGAGUCAAGUAUGGUUUAAAAAUUGUUGCAGUAGAAUAUUUUUUUUAAUUUGAUUUCAUGGAGCAUACAGCAAUGUCAAGCCUCAGGCACUUUAAGUUUUGUAAAUGCAAAAUAAAGACAGGAAGCAAAAGCCCUUUGGUGAAAACCCUGGAGUUUUGAACAGAGACUUUCAAAUGAGUAUACUUUUGCUUGUGAUGCACCCGCAAUGCCUGCUCUGGGACCAGAACACGUUGAACUUUUGAACUGAAAGAAGUAGCUAUCUCUUAAAGGUGUCACUCUAAGUAACUGCUUUUCUGCUGAUUGUAUUGUUAAACUGCAUUCUCAGUAUACAGUCUACUGGGCACCUAUCCCUUCUUUAAAAAGAAAGCAGAUUUUUUUUUUUUUUCUGCAUCACAUGAAUUACAGCAGAUAGAGUUAUUUUUGGUUGGCCCUUUCUGUGACUGUGGGUCCCAGCAUAUAUACUUUUUCCUGAAAAUAACAUUUGAUAACAUAUAUAUUUAUAUUUAUAGGGGUAGUUCAUUUUAUGUGUUCCUGUUCUCAUGUCUAUAUAAAAAAAAGCCUUCCUUGCAUUUGCACAUGUAAAAAUGCUUGCCGCAUUAUCUCCACAAAGUAAUUAUUUAGUCCAGUUCUAAUUUUCAAAAGAUGUGAUAUAAGUAUUGCAUAAUCCUUUAACCUGAAAAGUAUUUGAUGAAUUGAAGACUGCAUUGCCAACAAGUGACUUGCUCUGAAAAAAUCUGGACAUCAAAGGGCAGGACUGAAGCCUGGCUUUCACCACCAGCAACAGCCGUCCUGCCUGGCUCACUUUUCAGCUGACCCUUUCUGUGGCUGUUAGUCCCAGCCGGUAUUUUUGAAUCAAUACUCAGGUAAAAUGUAGAUGAUCUUCUUUCUGAUGUGUGAAAACGAAUCUCCACUAAGUUUUUUCCAGCUUUGUACCUCUGGAGUCAUAGAUUAUUUAAAGCAAAACAAAUGACAGCCAGGUGGCAGGCUUGCAUCCUGAAGACUGUUGUGUACACCUUUUAGAUUGGAACGAGUGCAGCAACAAAACAGGACCAGCUAGAUUGUUCUUGCAUGCUUCCAUUCAGUAAAUAAGAUCAUCAUCAUCCUCGACAAACCUACUGUGUCAUCUGUGCAUUUAUGUGUUGCCUUGGAAAUGGUUGUAGGCUUUAGUUUUGCAUUUUGCUGUAAAUACUGCUUUUCAGUUGUUUUAAAGCGCAAGAAUGUCAUUUUUGUAUAUUUUGUUAAACUAAACACUUUUGAAUUUUA